UCCCUCCCCUCCCUCUGUUUUUCUUUGUUCUGUGGGCUUCCUCUGUUUUCAGGGUUUUGAGAGAGAACCAGCGAAAUCUCUCUCCCCCUCUUACUUUCUCUCUGAUUUUCUUUCUCUUUCUCACUCAAAUUAUGAUUCUCGACAAAGGGUCAGUGCAAUCGAACCUUGAUUGCUUCCUCGAUUGCACAACACCAGUGGUCCCAUCCCAGUUCCUACCGAAGAGCGAGAUCAGAAACCUUAACAGGCUUUGGCACCCUUGGGAGAGGGAAAAAGUUGAGUAUUUUACAUUGGGUGAUCUUUGGAAUUCUUUUGAUGAAUGGAGUGCUUAUGGUGCUGGAGUUCCGAUCAGUGUGGACAAUGGAGAAACCCUAAUUCAGUACUAUGUGCCUUACCUCUCUGCAAUCCAAAUCUUCACGAGCAAUUCGUCGGCGAACAGUUUAAGGGAAGAGACUGAGUCGGUUUGUGAGACGAGGGACUCAUUCAGUGACUCAUUCAGUGAUGAGAGCGAGAGCGAGAAGCUAUCGAGAUGGGAUGGAUGUUCCUCUGAGGAUGGAGUGUUUGAGCAAGAGAGCUUUUGGCAUCUGAAUGACAGACUGGGUUACCUAUAUUUUCAGUAUUUUGAGAGAUCAGCUCCUUAUGGAAGAGUUCCUCUCAUGGAUAAGAUCAGUGGAUUAGCUCAAAGAUACCCUGGAUUAAUGUCGUUAAGAAGUGUGGAUCUUUCUCCAGCUAGUUGGAUGGCAGUUGCUUGGUACCCAAUUUACCACAUCCCGAUGGGAAGGACCAUCAAGGACUUGUCCACAUGUUUCCUCACCUACCACACCCUCUCCUCUUCUUUUCAAGAUAUGGAACUUGAAGAUGACAUGGUGGGGAGUGGCGAAAGGAAGCGAAAGGAAGGUGAGUGCAUGUCACUCCCUCCAUUUGGUUUGGCCACUUAUAAGAUGCAAGGGGGCAGCUUGUGGGUAUCGGGCAGGUGUGGCCGGGACCAAGAGAGGUUAGUGUCACUUUUGAGCGUGGCUGAUUCGUGGCUAAAGCAGUUGAGGGUCCAACACCAUGACUUCAACUACUUCACGGGGAUUCGGCGUGGCUAAAAAAAAAAAAAAAAUAUCACAUAAGCUUCAUGAUUCACUCUCAACCCCACCAAAGUUUUUUCAACUGUUUGAGGAAUCCUUUGGUUUUUUGGGCCUUUGGUUUUGUGGUGUUGUUUAAUUUGGAGGAAUGGCCUUAAAAAAAAAUUAAAAAAAAAAAGAGAAGAAAAGAAAAAGAAGAAAAGAAAAAAGAAAAAAAAAAAAAAAAGAAGAGAAAAAAAAAAAGAAAGAAAAAGAGAGUGGGUUUAGAGUUGAUGUUUUUUUCUCUUUGUUGAGCUUCAGGAAUGGGCAUGUUUACACAGCCCAAAUCCAUCUCUGAGAUCUCUUUUCAUCACAGCACAUGAUCAGACUAAAAGAGAUGGAGGCUUGUAUCUUUUUCUUGUCUCUGCUUUAAGAGUUUGUUGUUUUUGGUUUGUGGAGAGAUUAGACAGUUUGAUGAGAUUAGAAAUGGAUGAGGAGAGAGGAAAUAGUCCCCCCGGGGGGGCGCUCUUAAAGACUCUGAACUCUUGUCAAUGGUGUAGUAUUACAUUCUAAUGACCAAUGAUGGAGUCCUUGUA